AAAACAUCUCUCUCUUUCUUCUCCCUUUCACUCACUAUCUUGCUCUUUGAAAAAGAUGGCGAGAAUGUGUUUGAUGAUGAUGAUUAUGGUUGCUAUGACCAUGAACAUUGCUAAGAGUGAUCCCAUUGCACCAUGUUACUUCAUAUUUGGUGACUCUUUGGUUGAUAAUGGCAAUAACAAUCAGCUUCAGUCAUUAGCUAGAGCUAAUUACUUUCCUUAUGGUAUUGAUUUUGCUGCCGGUCCAACCGGUCGGUUUUGCAACGGCAGAACCACCGUUGAUGUUAUCGCUGAGCUUUUGGGCUUCGACGACUACAUUACACCGUACGCCUCUGCUAGAGGACAAGACAUUCUCCGAGGAGUUAACUAUGCUUCCGCUGCUGCCGGAAUCCGAGACGAAACCGGCAGACAAUUGGGAGGUAGAAUAGCAUUUGCAGGACAAGUAGCUAAUCACGUGAACACUGUGUCACAAGUAGUGAACAUACUUGGUGAUCAAAACGAAGCUUCGAAUUACCUCAGCAAAUGCAUUUACUCCAUCGGAUUAGGCAGUAACGAUUAUCUCAACAACUACUUCAUGCCCAAUUUUUACUCUACCGGUAACCAGUUCUCCCCCGAAUCCUAUGCCGACGAUCUCGUUACCCGUUACACCGAGCAACUAAGGAUAUUGUAUACAAAUGGAGCGAGGAAGUUUGCGUUGAUAGGAGUCGGGGCAAUCGGUUGCAGCCCGAAUGAGCUAGCACAGAACAGCAGAGAUGGAAGAACGUGUGACGAAAGAAUCAACUCAGCAAAUAGAAUCUUCAACAGCAAACUUAUAUCUAUGGUUGACGCUUUUAACCAGAACACACCAGACGCAAAAUUCACUUACAUCAACGCCUAUGGGAUCUUCCAAGACAUUGUUACAAACCCUGCGCGAUACGGGUUUAGUGUGACAAAUGCAGGAUGUUGUGGAGUUGGGAGGAACAAUGGACAGAUAACUUGUCUUCCAGGUCAAGCACCAUGUCUAAAUAGGAAUGAGUAUGUGUUUUGGGAUGCGUUUCAUCCCGGUGAAGCUGCGAAUAUUGUUAUCGGAAGACGAUCUUUUAAGCGAGAAGCUGCUUCUGAUGCUCAUCCUUAUGAUAUUCAGCAGCUAGCAUCUCUCUAAAGAGAGAAAGAUCUUUUGCUUGUGUAAGUGUUUUGAUAGUUCCUUCAAUGGCAGCUGAGUUUUGGACUCAAGAAAAAAAAAGUGAGUUG